AUGUCAGGGAAAGCACAGCCAAUAGAGGUAAUUUUAGAUACAAACCUCAAAAAAGAAAUUGAGGAAAAUAGAAAGAAACUUGCCUCAAUUGUAGAUUCUGUUAUUUUUUGUGGCCAUCUUGGUUUACCAUUACGUGGUCAUCGUGAUGACUCUAAAUACCAUCCAGAAGUUGGCAAUUACUCUACAGGGGGAGUUGGUAAUUUUGUAGAAUCUCUUAAUUUUAGAGUUCGGGCAGGGGACAAAGUUUUGGAGGACCAUUUGAAAAAUUGUGGUAAAAAUAAGAGUUAUAUUUCUAAGACAAGCCAAAAUAAAAUUAUUAAGUGUUGUGGUCAGGUGAUCAGUGAACAGAUAAUUCAAGAUAUUAAGGCUAGUAAAUUUUAUUCUAUUAUUGCAGAUGAGGCUGCAGACUCUUCCCAUAAGGAGCAAAUGUCUCUUGUUUUACGUUUUGUAGACAUUGACAUAAAUAUUCGAGAAGAAUUUAUUGCUUUCCUUCAGUGUAGGUGGGGGUUAACUGGUGAACAACUUGCCAAGUUAAUAUUAGAAGCUCUUAACAACCUGACGUUAUCUAUUGAUGAUUGUCGAGGGCAAGGUUAUGAUGGUGCAGGUGCUGUGGCGGGACAUAUCAAUGGUUUGUCAGCUAAUAUUUUACGUAUUAACGAGAAAGCCCUCUAUACCCAUUGUUAUAGUCAUCGACUUAAUUUAGCUGUAUGUGAUUCCUUGACUGUUGUUGAGGUCAAUACUAUGAUGAAACAUGUUAAAGAAGUCUCACAUUUUAUUAAUAUCUCCCAGACACGUAACAUGCCUUUUGAGGAAAUUGUCCGCAAUUAUCCUGAGAGAGAAUCUCAGAAAAAACGGCUGGUAGAUGUUUGUCGGACCAGAUGGGUUGAGCGAAUUGCGGGUUUGGAUACAUUUAUUGAGCUUUUUGUCCCUUUAUAUGAUACCCUCAAGGAGAUGAAAGAUAAUGUAGAAGGGAGUUAUAGACCAAACCUUGUCACUGAUGCUUCUCAUUUUUAUGAUCUUGUUGCACAGUUUGAAUUUAUUGUAGCUUUGAUCAUUUCCCACAAUAUUCUUGAUAGACUUUUUCCAGUGACUUUAUUACUACAGGGAAAGAGUAUUGAUAUUAUGGAUGGUAUUCAUUUAAUUAAUACUAUGAAAAAUGACUUUAUUAACUAUAGAAAUUCCAUUGAUUCUUUCCAUGAUGCCUGGUAUGCAGAGGCAUUGGAUUUAGCUGAAAAAGUUAACAUAGAAGAGAGUAAACCACGGACAGUAGGGAGACAAACAACUCGAUCCAAUCCUCCAUAUAAGUCAAUCUCAGAAUAUUAUAAGCGUACUAUAAGUAUUCCUUUCGUUGACCAUAUUAAUUCUGCUUUACAACACAGGUUUGACACAUAUAGUGUUAACGUUUAUAAAGGAUUAAGCAUUGUACCAACAAAGAUGAUGUCUUUAAAAGAGAAUGGGAAAGACUGGCGGGAUGAAUUCAAAGUUGUUGCCAAUUUUUAUAUUGACGACUUGCCUUAUCCGUUAGCUCUAGAUGCUGAGAUGUCAUUGUGGACGACUUAUUGGGAGACCCACGAAGGACUUCUUCCUGACAACAUUCCCACAACUCUAAAAGCUGUCAGUUUUGAUGGUUUUGAAAAUAUCAAAGUUAUUCUCCGUAUUUUAGGAACACUUCCCAUCACUUCUUGUGAGUGUGAAAGAACCAUUUCAGCAUUGAGGACACUUAAGAACUACCAGCGUAGUACAAUGGUUGAAGAACGGUUAAACGGUCUAGCCAUGAUGCAGAUUCAUCAAGAGAUUGUCCCAGAUAUUGAAAAAGUAAUUGAUAAAUUUGCAGUUGGAAACACGAGGUUGAAAUUUACUUAA